CACAGCUAACCUUCUGUCGCAGUCUUCAAUCAGCCGUUCGUUUAGAACGCAGCAACUCCAGAUCGAGAGGUGGUGAAUGGCCCCGUCCGUCUUUAUGGUGAUGUGCGCAACCUUUCUGUUGUGGGCGCAAUUCAAGUCGACUACCGCAGACGACCAAAUGCCAGAAGGGGCUGCAGUCCAACAUUUCACCGAGAAUUCCAGUGGCCUAGCAGGAAGUGUUGCUGAAGGACACCUUGCUACACCCAUGCCCAAGCACCGUUUCUCGUCCAUGUUGUCCGCUGCCAAAAAACUGACGAAAGCCGGUGCCUGUUCGCUGCCAGAUGACCCUUAUGUUGACUUGGCGCUGGACCAUUUUGGAUCUAAUUUACCCGUAACAAAAAUCAUUUCAAUACCAGUAACGGAAUUCUCUUGUAAUGACCGCAAACCGGGUUAUUACGCAGAUAGAGAUCGAGAAGCGUCUUGCAAGAUUUUUCACUACUGUUACGAAGACAACCCCAUCGUUUCCUUCAUUUGUCCGACAUGUACCUUGUUUCACGAUGAAAAGCAACUCUGUGACUAUUGGUACAACGUCGAUUGUAAAGUGGGAUGAAGGAUUGCAC